AUUUACAAUGUGACCAAUUGAUUAGUUGGUAGCGUGAAAUCAGCAUUCAGUAGCACAGUAGGAGCUUAAUGCUUGUCAACCAAUAAAACAUCAGAUAUCAUUUAACAGAAUUAUCAGAGACCAAAUAAAUUUACUGUGUUUUGUAACAAAUCAGGCAGUUGGUACUGUACAUUUUAAUACCAUGUGCCAUGAAAAGGAUUUACAUGCCGCCGUUUUUAAUUAUUUCAAAUGCCUUUUGGAUUAGGAGAUGGAUGUAAAAGAAAACAAAAGCGACCGUUGUUUUUUAACGAAUGAAAAUGCAUUAUAAUUUACAAGAAGUUGAAGAAGGAAAACUAAUGUACUUUGAUAAAAUGAAACAUGUACCAAGCCCUCUUAUUGGUGAACAUGUGUGCAAAGUUUCGAAUAAUAAUCUCGACAUAGGCCCCAGACAGAGGGCUCGUUCAACCUCUAUGAAAAAGCCGAAAAAUAAAACUUUCGAAAAUUUCGAAAUGGAUGAAAUUCGUCCAAGAACAAGCAGUUUACCAACGAAAAAUAACUACAGGAGGCCUUUAAUAAAGAACUUGAGAACAAAUUACGAAGACCAGGAUCAUGACUUGUAUAGACUAAGAACUUUUGAGAUGACAUCGAAAGGCAUCGUAAACAGAGGAGAUUCCAUCAAGUCACGCAGUACCAACAGUAUUGUUUCAUCCGAGGGAGACGGAAAUGUCUUGUCUAUCGAAUCUAGCUCAUGUUCUCAAAAUAGUUUAGCUAACAGUGAUGUUUCUAUUCAUAAAAUCAAGCCUUAUAGAAUUGUGAUUCUCGGUGCAAUAGGAGUUGGAAAAUCGACAAUUGCUCAACAAUUCCUGACAUCGGAGUAUCUUUUCGAUACAAGCGUAGACAGCGAACAAGAAAAAAUGGUUUCUGUCCUACUAGACGCAGAAGAAUCCACUAUGGAGUUUGUUGAUCUUGAAUCAGACUCGACUGAUCAUGAAGAAGGAGGAUUCGAUUGUUACGUAGUUGUUUAUUCGAUUGAUGAUAGGAAGACGUUUGAUAGAGCUGUGGAUAUUUUGUAUCAUCUUCGAAAGGAGAAACAUAUGAAAUCAGCAAUGAUUUUAGUUGGCAAUAAAAGUGACCUUGUAAGAACGAGACAUAUACAGGCAGAAGAGGCAAAACCUGUUGCAGUGCAAUACGACUGCAAGUUUAUAGAAACCUCAACAGUGCUUAAUAUUAACAUCGACGAACUUUUGGUUGGAAUAUUGAAACAGAUUAGAUUAAAACACAAGAAAGAUGAAAAGGAACGAACACACGGGACUGACAUUGGUUGUAUGAUAAAAAGUAAAACAUUGCUCACUAAACUUUUUGGGAAGGACACGUUUUCAAAAUCAUGUGAAAACCUGUACGUUUUAUAAGUUUUUAUGUAAAUGCUUUAUUUUGAAAGUCACUUUGUACAUGUAUAUAGUUCAAAAUUAAACAGCUCGUAUUUUUUGUUUAAAAUUUGCUGUUCAAUUUGUAAAAUAGAUAAAUCUCGUGAUAGAGAAAAACAGGUUUAAGAGUACAUUUUAGUACUUGACAAAAUUAAUAGUUAAUGAAACAUAAAACACUAUGUGUGUUCGUUAAAAUAUCAUGGAGUUUUUUUGUUGAGAUACAAUCAUUGGUAAAUUUUGCAGGAUUUUCUAAAAAGUAAGUAAUGUAGCUGAAAAGUAUGCUAAUACCAAUUCGAUUUAUAAAAUCCGUAUCAUGUACACAUAGAUUCCACCCCAUGUUAUUUGGCAGUAAAUUUUUUUUUCGAAUAGGGGAGAAGAUACCAAGGGACACCCAAAUACAACAAGAUGAAGAAAAUAAGAAAACAUCAUUUAACUUAAAUUGGAUUUAAGUUCCGGUUCACAUCCCUUCAUAUCGACUUUUGACCAAAAUAUCAAUCAAAAACACUUCUCGGGAUGCGGAAUUGUUCCGAUUCGCGUUGUUAAAUGUGACUUUAAAUUUGAUUACCAUGCAUACAAAUGUUAACCUUAGUUAAAGUAAUUUGUUUAAAAAGUUCGCACAAUCAUAAGAUGAAGGCAAUGUGUUUAUUAUCUUCUCAAGACAUCGGACAUAAAAAUGAAGGCUCCGCCGUCGUCAUAGUAUUCUUGGUUACACCGUAUCAUACAAGAACCACGAGUCGAUAUCCAAUUAAAAUAUGGAAAUUUUAGUAUCCAAAGUAUUCACUGUACUUUAAAAAUUAAUAUCAACUUAUAAUAUUUUUCUUUCAUCUAAAACUGUUAAAAGAUGAUAAGUCUUCAUGUCAGAUGCUUUGUUUUCUAAUAAAGAUUAACUAAGGAACAUGGAGUUAAAUAUAUCAAUAAAAAAUAAACUUUUUGAUGUUUGUUCUGUUUACUGUCUUAUUGUCUUCUGCAACCUCAAUAGGUUUUCAUCAAUUUAUAUACAUCCAAUGUUUUAGGUUUCAUUGAAUAUGUAUCAUUUCAUUGUUGUUUAAAAUGCCAUGAUAUUUUGCAAUAAAAUUGUGACAAUCUGCCAAUCAAGUGCGACGAUUCAUUGCUUCAAACAAUUGUACAUGUAUAUCGUAUAGAGGUAAACUAUUUCAACUAUUCAUUCAUUUAAUCAUUCAUUCAUUCACAUCACUUAUUUUUGUAGAUUUAAUAUUGACGUUUUUUUUUUUGAAAGAUCAUUUGAAAGUAUUUUUGUGAUGACAGAUAAUGUGCUUAACAGUGCCUGUGUACAUAUUUUAAUUUAAGAGAAAUUUAUUGUACAAUAAAAAAAACCAACAUAG